UCUGGCCAUGCUUUGAUGAUUCUCGGUCCUAGCUAUCGGCUACAUCUCGUAUGACAGAAAUGUCGACCUUGGCACGGCUGCGCCUCUCGCCCUCGCCGCUAUCCGUCCCACCCUUAUGCCCGUGUGCGAUUUGAAAUGCGGGACGGAAGACGCCGCCGCCGCCUUAUCCCCUUUACUCGCCACCCUUCGUCCCCAGCAUCAUCAUCCAUUGUGGCUCGCAUUUCCAAUCUCUCCCUCCUACUCUUCGCAGCCAUCAUCAUCAUCCUGGCCUCUCUGACCGCACGACUGCGCCCAAUCCAGCUAUUACGGCUCAGCUCGCUACAUCUCCGUCCAACGCCCUCACCUCUCGCCCCGGCGCAUCGCCCCCUCAUCACCAUGCCUCGCAGUCGUGGCGACCCCUACUCCUACCUCUAUGAGCGCAUGCUCCCCUUCCACGCCAAUUUUCGCCGAACAAUAGCCAUGAUCCAACACACACUCCCUCAGACGCAGACCUUGCCCAAACGAGACUUGGAACGUUUCCUCGCAAUGGGGGUUCAGCUGGUCCAUCAUUUGGAGAUGCACCACUCCAUCGAGGAAGCGCACAUCUUCCCCGUCCUAGCAACAAAGAUGCCCGAUUUCGGCGCCUCGGCGACGCACGUACACGAGCACGAGGUGAUGCAUGCUGCGCUCGAAGCGUUUGGUGGUGAGCUUAUGGCGACACAUCGUCGUCUGACUGGUUCACAGGGCAAAAAGGCCGAGGCUGAGGGGUGCGGUCAAGCGCUGCAGAGGGAGGAGGAGGAGGGACGCAAGGCCUGGCCGCGCAGCGUGUACGAUGGGGAGAAGGUGGCCAAUCUCACUCAGACACUCGCUGAGGCGCUUCUUCCUCAUUUGGAGGCGGAAGAGGCUAGUAUUAGUGCGAAGAGCAUGCGAGCGGCGGGGUGGACGGAGGAGGAGGUGUUGAGGAUACCCAUUUGAGGCGGUGAGCGCGAGACGGCGGCGCUGACACGAUGUAUAUUAGUUUGUGGACUGACUCAACGAGAUCGUAUGACUGGAGA